AUGAUCUUCGUUCUUGCCCCUUUGUGCCGUCAUUCCAUGGCAUGUGUUCAUCAAAUUGCAUGUUUGACGCACGACCUGGCUAAUGUUUUCCUGCAGAAUUUCUUCAAUAUCAUCAAUGGAGAAACGGUAUCUAGUGCUGUGACUCAGCAUGGCAUCAACCCAGCCAACAAGGAGCCAAACCCCCCCGUUCCGGUUGCCAGCCCCGCCGAGCUCGACAAGGCUGUCGCUGCGGCGCAAGUUGCCUUUGAGCAAUGGUCACCAUUCCCGCUUGAGGAUCGGCGCAAGGCUCUGUUCGCGUACUCUGACGCACUGAAUGCUGAAAAAGAUGGGUUCACCAGCCUGCUUACGAAAGAGCAAGGCAAACCCCUGUCCCAGGCGGCAAUGGAAGUUGAGAUGGCGGUGGCAUGGAUCAAGGGCCUGGCAAGCUUGGAGAUACCCGAGGUUGUGCUGGAGAAUUCAUCCGAGCGGAAAAUUGUCCAACGAUUCACGCCCAUUGGAGUGGCCGCCGCGAUCGUCCCGUGGAAUUUUCCAGUGCUCCUGGCAAUCGGAAAGGUUGUUUCGGCGCUGAUUACGGGAAACAGUAUCAUUGUGAAGCCGUCACCCUUUACUCCCUAUACAGCGCUGAAAUUAACCGAGUUGGCAAUCCCGUUCGUCCCUCCCGGGGUCUUCCAGGCUCUUAGCGGGGAUGAUCAACUCGGGCCCUGGAUGACGAGACACCCAGGAAUCCUGAAAGUCAGCUUCACCGGCUCAACAUUGACGGGAAAACGGAUUGCUCUCGCGGGUGCCGAGACCUUCAAGCAAUGUACCCUCGAGCUCGGGGGCAACGAUCCUGCAAUCAUCUGCAAAGAUGUGGAUCUCGACGCCCUAGUCCCCAAGGGGGAUCAGAACCUUGGGCAAGUCGAAGACAAGUUGCUGAUGUUGGAUCCGACCAGGGUCGCUCCUCUUUGCUUUUUGAACUCCAGCCAGGUAUGCAUGAUGAUCAAACGGCUCUAUGUACACGAGAGCAUCUACGAGGCAUUCCGAGAUAAACUAGCGGCCCAUGUAAAAACGCUUCCUGUCGGCAAUGGGGUCCAGCCAGAUGUGUUUCUCGGGCCGGUUCAGACUGAAAUGCAAUACAACAAAGCUCGGGACUUGCUCAGCUCCAUCUCUGCAGAGGGCCUCCGUCCAGCGCUUGGCGGCACUGUGGAGGAGUCCGCCGGCUACUUCAUUCAUCCGACCAUUGUCGACAACCCGCCCGAUACGGCCCGGGUUGUUACUGAGGAGGCAUUUGCUCCCAUUCUACCGCUGUUGAAGUGGCAGACGGAGGAGGAGGUCAUUGCCAGGGCAAACGCUGAUCCGGCCGGGCUAGGCGGUUCCGUCUGGAGUCGAGAUCUCGAUCAAGCUCAGCGUUUAGCGUCUCGUCUCGAGUGCGGCUCUGUCUGGAUCAACUCGCAUUUCGCUGUCGCCCCGCACGUCCCCUUUGGUGGUCGGAAGGAAAGUGGCAGUGGCGUAGAAUGGGGAGUGGAUGGCCUCAAGGCCUACUGCAACCCCUAG